AUGGCGCCUUAUCCAUUGCCGCCGCCGCCGCAGCAGCAGCAGCAGCAGCUUCCUCAGGCGCGCAGCAGCAAGCCCGGGAGACCUCCGCCUCACUCUCAUGGUGGCUACAUGAACAGAGCCGUCUCUGUGGAGUCCGGCGCACCCCACGACGCGCGAGGUCUUCGGGCCUUCAUCAAGGCCUUGGCGACCGAGCACGGCGAGGCCGCGCCGGCGGUGCACGCCCACGCGGCAAAGAUCGGCCUCGACCGCUGCCGCGCCGUCCGCGACGGGCUCGUCGAGCUCUACCUCGCUCGCGGCGAGCUCGCCUCCGCGCGGGCGCUCCUUUUCGACGGGUUCCCGGCUGGUCGGGACGUCGUUUCUUGCACGGCCAUGGUGACCAGCCACGCGAGGCACGGGUUCUUGGAGGAUGCCGUGGCGCUGUUCUUCGCCAUGGCCGAUGACCGCGGCGUGUCCAUCGACGCCGUCGCCGCCGCCGCGGCGUUCUCCGCGUGCGCGCAGAUCGGGGACCUCGCGCUGGGCAGGGAGGCGCACCAUCGCGUCGCGGACAGGAAGGUCGCGAUGGACGUCGUGGCGUGGAACGCGCUGGUCGACAUGUACGCCAAGUGCGACGACAUGGCGGCCGCGCACCGGUGCUUCAGGAGGAUGCCCGUUGAGAAGAACGUCGUCUCCUGGAACACGAUGAUCUCCGCGUCCGCCCGCGCCGGCGAGCUCGACGAGGCGCUUGCGCUGUUCCAGGAGAUGCAGGCCGCGGCGGUGCGCCCGGACGACGCGACGUUCGUCGCCGUCCUCGGCGCGUGCGCUCAGCUCGGCGCGCUCGACACCGGGAGGUGGUUGCACGCAUACAUGGGGAGGUUGGGCCACAGCGCCGAUGGCGUCAUCGGCAACGCGCUGCUGGACAUGUACGCCAAGUGCGGCGCGGUCGACCAGGCAUCAGAGGUGUUCGACGCCAUGUCGCGGCGAGACGUGUACACCUACACAUCCAUGAUCCUGGGGCUCGCAAUCCACGGCCGCGGCGAGAAGGCCCUGUCGCUGUUCGCCGUCAUGCGGCGAGCCGGCGUGACGCCGAACGAGGUGACCCUCCUGGGCGUCCUCACCGCGUGCUGUCAUGCCGGACUCGUCGACGAGGGACUCGAGCAAUUCAACGCCAUGCCCAAACCUCGCAUCGAGCACUACGGCUGCGUCGUCGACAUGCUCGCCCGCGCCGGGAGGCUCGACGAGGCAGAGGAGCUCGUCGCGGCAAUGCCGAUGCAGCCGGACCCUCUCAUCUGGGGCUCGCUGCUCGCCGCAUGCAGGGCGCACGGCGACGUCGACCGAGCCGAGCGGGUGAUGCGACGGCGCACGGCCGACGCCGACGCGGACGCUGGCGACUACGUGCUCAUGUCGAACACGUACGCGUCCAAGGGCCGGCACGGCGAGGCGGUGCGAGUGAGGAAGCAAAUGAGAAGAAGCGACAUCGACAAGGUCCCCGGCUGCAGCCUCAUCGAGAUCGACGGCGUCGUGCACGAAUUCAAAGCAAUCCCAGCAAAUUCCAUCCGAUAG